UGUCAUUUUGUCCUAAAAAAAUGUAACUCUAUAAAUCAAACACAGCGGAAUGAGUAAAUACAACUUACAAUGGGGAAAGAAAACAAGACAAUGAAAAAGCUUUCAUUGUAAAAGUUUCAUAUAUCACUGAUGGAUGGAUUACAGAAAAAAUCUCAAAGACAAAAAUCACUAGGCAGACAGAGAGAGACAGACGCAAGGAAGCUUUAAAUGAAAGAAAGCUCAGUCUGAUUCCCACAAUGACCAAUAGGAUAAACCCUCCCAGUUUUCAGGGAAGGGGGUGGUGGGGAUUCAAACCAAGGCAGGUUUUACAGUGAGUCAAACACUUUCAGAGACAGACUACAGACAGUCUCUGCAGCACUAAGAUAUGGGCUUUCUGUGGAGGAGAUCCGGACAUUCUUUCUAAAGAAUACAGUUAAAAAGCCUAGAAAGAGACAGUUAGACCGAGAAGGUUAGAAAGAGAGACAAUUUGUCCAGGAAGAUGGAGAACUGAUCGAGUCCACAAUUAAAAAAAACAACAACUUUAUUUGGCAGAGGAAGAAAGGAGCCAGGACAAGCCUCGGGAUACCACAGAUUAUGUUGCCAUGGAAACCUGGAAGCGGACGCAAGGACCACUGAAGGUGGACAUCUUCCCUUGACUUGUAUCCUCGACAAGUUACUGUAGCGACCGUGUGGUGAGAGAAUGCUGUGGAGAAUAACCAUCCCAGUCAUACUGGCCGGGGUGCUCUGCAUCACCGCAGAGAACAAAAAGCACCGGCUCCAGGGAUCCAUCCCGUCCCCGCACAAGACCAAAGGGAACCUGUCCUCAGUGCGUCACCACCGGCUACUGCAGCAGAAACCAGCGGUGCUGUCUUCCAGCCGGGAGGCCUUGGUGGUGACGGAGCGGCGCUACCUUCGCAGGGACUGGUGCAAGACCCAACCCCUGCGUCAGACAAUCAGCGAGGAGGGCUGCCGCAGUCGCACCGUGGUCAACCGUUUUUGCUACGGCCAGUGCAACUCCUUCUAUAUUCCCCGGCACAUGGGCCCCAACUCGGGUGAGGGCCAGAACCGAGGUCAAGCCGUGGGCUCCGGAAGGAAGAGCCACAACAAGGCGCAGGAGCCGUUCCAGUCCUGCUCCUUCUGCAGGCCGCACCGCGUCACCCAGCUCACCGUGCAGCUGGACUGCCCGGACCUGCAGCCCCCUUUCAGGCACCGUAAGGUGCAGAGGGUCAAACAGUGCCGCUGCAUGUCUGUGGACGUGAGCGGCCAGGGGAAGCUGUGAGGGAGGACUAAGACGGCCCUUUUCAAAGUGAAAGGACGCACGAUCCGCCAAAGGCGGAAAUUCACAAAGUUCGCUAAUCAAGGAUUGGCUCUGCAGUUGACUUUUCUGCAUUGUGUUGAAACGAUGAAAUGAUAAGAAACACAGAACUGGUAUUACUAAACAAAGGCUCAACGAUGAUUUAAUCAGAGACUAUCAUGCUGCUGAAAGAGACUGAUUAAAGUGUCCUCACAAGAGACACGGGUGAGGAUGUUUUCCCUCCCUGUUAUUUGAAGAUCAUAUCUACAUGAUUUCUACAUUUGUCAUUUGAUUCCUUUGUGAUGAAGUGCCUCGGAGUUUUAAAACUACAAAACAAAGUGUACUGCUGAUAAUGCAGCCUUUUAAAGCAAUUUUCAAUUGUGUGACCCCUAUUAAUGUAACAUGACAUGCAGGUGGAUGUACAGUAUUUACCGCAAUAUUUUAACCUGCAGGACAUGUAGAUGGUGUUUUACAAGUGUUAUUGGUUUAAUUACCCUGCAUCUUCAUUUGUACUUCUAUAAUGUUCCAAAUGAUACACAAGCUGCGAAAAAAAAACGAUUUCGAGAAGCAUAAAGCAAGACAGCAAUGACCAGUGGCAUCCGCCUGCUUGGACACGAGCCUGUAUACUGUACGUUUGCCACAAAUAUAUUAGCCAGUAGGAAAAACAUACUGCAGCAUGUGUAAUGGAGGUAGAAUGCAAUUUAUACAGUAUUUAGUAAGUACCAGUCAAUAGUAUAGACACAUUUUCUUAUCCGAUUCAAUGAGAAAGUGUGUCCAAACUUUUGACUGGUUCAGUUAUACUGUGUAUAUAUAUAUAUAUAUAUAUAUAUGUACAUACAUAUAUAUUUUAUGUAUGUGUGCAUAUUUUAAGUAUAUAUGUGAAAAGUGUAUUAAAUCUAUUUCAUACAAAA